AUGUACAAGCCGUUAAUUACGGGAGGCAUGAACGCCUUCUACGUGUACGUAUUCCCUGUUCAGUUCUUUUUGGGAGUGAUUGGUAAUGCUUUGAACCUCUGUGUGCUUCUUAGCCGACACAUGCGAAGUGAGGCUAAUUAUCUUCUCUCUGCCCUAGCCAUCGCUGAUAUUCUACUUUUUUUGACAAUGCUACCUGCUGCCCUAGGAGUUUGGCCCUCAUUCUAUACCAACGAUUAUUUCAGGAGAUUCUACUAUCACUCGCACACGAUGCGCCACUGGUUCUCCAACGUUUUCUCGUGCAUCACUUCGUGGCUGAUUCUGGCUGUCUCCGUGGAAAGAUACUUGGGAAUCUCCUCCCCGAUGCACGCACGCGGGGAGUGGCGAGAAUCGAGAGUACGAUAUUUGAUGAUUAUUGUAAUAGUGGGGAGCCUGUCGCUGACAGCUUUUCAUCACUUCGAGUACAAGUACGGCUAUGCCACCAUGUGCAACGGAACGCUCACUUACGGAAAACUUGUUCCGAUCGAUCGCCUGGUUCCUUAUAUCUCCAGUCUCCAAGUACGCGUUGUGACAAUUCUAAAGACACUACAAAUAGUUCUGGUAGUGAUUCUUCCACUGAUUGGCAUUGUCGUCCUGAACUUGAAAAUCAUUUUGGUGCUGCGGCGGAGUAGCGAGUGUCCAUUUUUUCGCCCCACAAAGUUUUCACUAAAUUCUUUCAGAGACACCGAUUCUCGCCAGAAACGCGAUCGAAAAGUCACGAUCACUGUGCUUGCCAUCAUCGCCUGCUUCUUUUUGACCCAUACACCGUCAACGCUUCCGUUCAUUCUCGAACUUAUCUCACCAAUAAUGACCCCAUCUCAACGGGACUUCAUCCGUCGACUAAUGCCUGAACUCGGUCCCGUAGUUCACGGGUGGUUACUCACUGGAAAGGUGAUGAAUUUCGUUCUGUUCUGUAUGUCAUCAGUUUACUUCAGACGGCGGCUGCGAGCCAUCAUUUGGAGUAGGGUGAGUCACAGGAGGAAGUUGUUAUGGUAA